AUGUUGGCCCGUUCGGCUGUUCGCCGACUUGUUCACGUCAGAAGUAUAGCAUCGACAUCAGGAGACUCACCGAACGUUAAAAAGAUUACACCUGUAGAUGAAUACACUCAACGACUUCUAGCCACUCCUCCAUCACGAUUACCAAAAAUGUUCCAACGCCUUAGAGCUGCUUGGAAGAACAAAUUCAGAAAAGAUGAGAUUGAUCCUUUACUGAAGAAUCUACUUGAUACAGCCUCUUCUCAACUUUAUUAUAACUGCGCAAACAACUAUGAUUAUGAAAAAUUGUGCCAAGCUUUUGGUUUACCUGAUUACAUGUCAUCCUGGUACAAACUAACUUUGAUGCAUUGCUGGAUGGUUUUACUAAGAAUGCAUUCGUCUCUUGAUGCUCCAGCUUAUCUGCGGUUACAGCAUAGUAUGCUGGCCACGAUGUGGUUCGACAUUGACUCGAGGCUGAAAAUCGUCGGGGAGGAAUUAAAGCAAACUCUUACGGCGCAAUCCGACAUGAAAAAAAUGCACGGCCUUCACUUACAGACGUUUUUAGAAUACGACGAGGGCUUUUUAUCUGAUGAUCGAAUGCUAGCUGCAGCUUUGUGGCGUUGCCUAUACAUCAGCAGAUCGUUUGAUCCGAUACAUGUUUUGAGAGCUAUAGCUUACAUGCGGUCGACGGUGUGUUUCACCAUACAAUCGUUUCUCUCUUUUCAUAAUAUUUUUCAGGGCUUUUUAUCUGAUGAUCGAAUGCUAGCUGCAGCUUUGUGGCGUUGUCUAUACAUCAGCAGAUCGUUUGAUCCGAUACAUGUUUUGAGAGCUAUAGCUUACAUGCGGUCGACGGUAUGUUGUACCACUCAGUAA